AUGAUCGCUGACCUACACAGUAUUCUAAACCUUAUAGCUUCUCAUCUGACCUUCAAAAAGCAAAAAAAUCCGUCAAACUUGAAACCAGCAACAUCAGAAUCUCGUGUUUGUGUCAUUCAUUCCUCCUCUAACCUCCAUGACCUGCCUCGCUCGCCUGUGGCUCCUCCUCUGGACUCCUGCUUCCACCGUCCAGCGCGUCCUGCCAACCGCCGGCCUCCGUCACGGUGGGCCCGGUCCCCGUCCCCGAAGUGGAGCAGCCUGGCCAACGUGCAUUUCACCUUUGCCACGGCGAAGGCCCAGGAGGUCUGA